GGCUGCCAACAAAGGGCGACAAAAUCGAGUGGAAAAAGUACCGGGAGCUGGAGUUGUCUCUGCUGCAGGAAACACUGCAGGAGUUUCACGAGAAGAUGGCCCGGGAGUACGGCGUUCCAGUGCCGAAUGCGGACAGUCUCCUGCAGACCGCCCACUACUCGCCCUACCUGAACAUCUACGCCUACCCCGAGGAGCUGGACUACCUCGACAUUCGACCCCUUCCACCGACUUUCAGAGCCUUCCCGCACUUUAUUCGCCUCUCUGAGAAGGCAGAAGAGGACUUUUCCGGAAUUCCAGAGGAGUUUCUCAGUCUAAAACUGGGGAAACUGGUUUACGUGAGCAUGGGCAGCAUGGGCAGCGUCUGCCGGCUCCUCAUGAGCCGACUGGUGGAGAUGCUUUCCAGCUCGACAAAUCGAUUCAUCUUUUCCCUUGGUCCUAGCUACGAUCACCUGACCAAGGAAAAAGGUCCGCUGCCUUCGAACAUCUGGGCGGCCAAGUUUGUGCCGCAGAUCGAGGUUCUGCAGCUGGUCGACCUGGUGGUGACGCACGGCGGCAACAACACUCUCCUCGAGUCGCUGUACUUUGGCAAGCCGAUGAUCGUCUGUCCGCUUUUUGCCGAGCAGCCUGAGAACGCCCAACGCCUCGAGGAAGUUGGCCUCGGACUGCGCAUCAACCCUUAUACAUGUGAACCGGAGGAGAUGCUAUCUAAAAUAGAACAACUUUUAGGUGAUGAGGCGUUAAAGCAAAAGCUAAAGGUAAUUUCGCAGCAGAUGCAAGCCUCGCAGAGCACGCAACAGGUGGCACAGGCUAUUGUCAAGGUGGCCAAAAGUGAACUGUAG